CAUAUUGGUACAGUCUUAGAGGGAGAGAGAGAAGAAAAAAUGGCGACGGAAUCGUCCUCAGUAGGCGGCGAAGGUGAAUCUGUGGAGAAGAAUAAUGGUUCAACCACAUCAACAAUAGCAUCAAUGGCCGACGAUCUACAGCGUACGGUUCUCAGCUCCACCGAUUCAGCUAUUCGCUCCGCCCGUUCUCUCCAACACAACUCUUCCGCUCAUUUCCGCAAUCUCCAGGGAUUACUAGUUGAUGCCAAAUCCCAGUACAGAGCUUAUGAAGACACUUUCUUCAAUUCAAUUGAACAGGAGUUGAAGAGUACUAGGGAUCACCCAGCUGCCACUAUUGGGGUUGGUGUUGCUGCUGCCCUCUUUCUUCUACCUGGACCUAGAAGGUUCUUGUUUCGUCAUACAUUGGGCCGACUGCGAAGUGAGGAGGCAAAAUUUGUUAGAGCGGAGAAGAAUGUGAAGGAGCUAAGCCUUUCAGUCGAUGUGAUGAAAAAUGAAAGUAGGAAACUACUUGAGCGGGCGGCUCUUGCUGAAAAGGACAUGAAAUAUGGCUACACCGAGCUUACGAAAACUGGAAAUCAUAUUCACCGUCUUGCAAAAUCUGUUUACAAAGUUGAGACUCAAGCUGCAGAUUUAAUGGAUGGCCUGCGGGAAACCCCUGGUAGGGAGGCUUUAAGACUUCGAGCAGAGGUUGCGUCUAUGUUAUCGCAUUUAAGAAGGCAGAGGACCGAUCUAAACAAACGGAUCAUGAAGAUUUCUGAGUUGGGAGUUUCAGUGUGAUGAGAAAAAAGAAAAGAAAAAAGUGGUAGGGUGGUGCUCAUUCUUGACCCUUUUCUCAAAUCUGUGUUGGUUUUGUUUGGUAACAGUGUUUUUGUAUGAGAAAACCAAAACAAUUUUUAUAAAGCAAGAAUGGAAUAAUAUUUCAGCUAACAUUUAUGCCAA